UCAAUAAAAAACCGUUUUUUGUGUGCAGUAAAAUUAAAAUGUAUUUAUAAAAAUAAAAUGUGAACCGUGUGCAUUUAUCAGCAGCCACAACCACUUUUUUGUUUGCUGGAGCGACUUGUGAAAUAACUACAAUAAGCUACGACUUGUUGUUUUAUUGGUUGCGGUGCUGAGCACUCAGGCAAGCAUUAUCAGAAAACGUGAGGUGCAGCAGCAAGCCAAUGUGGUGCCCCAGGUGGCUGAGAACCCAGUGCAGCCGGAACAGUCGAAGGUAGAGCAAGCCAAUGAGGUGACCCAGCUUGCUGAGAACCCUGCGCAAGCUAAUGUGGUGCCCCAGCUGGUUGAAAGACCUGUGUACCCGGUUCGAUCGACGGAAGAGCAAGCCAAUGGGGUGAUCCAGCUGGCUGAGAACCAGGUUGCGCACCCGGAACAGUCGACGGUAGAGAAAGUCAUUGUGGUGUCCCAGGUGGCUAAAAACCCUAUCCAGCCGGUACAGUCGAAGGUAAAUCCAGUUAAUGUGGUGUCCCAGGUGGCUGAGAAUCCUAUGCAUCCGGUACGAUCGACGGUAGAGCAAGCUAAUGAGGUCUCCCAAGUAGCCGAGACUCCCGUGCAACCUGUACCAUCGACAGUGGAGCAAGCGAAUGUGGUGCCCCAGCUGGUUGAAAGCCCUGUGUACCCGGUUCGAUCGACGGAAGAGCAAGCCAAUGGGGUGAUCCAGCUGGCUGAGAACCAGGUUGUGCAGCCGGUACAGUCGACGGUAGAGAAAGUCAAUGUGGUGUCCCAGGUGGCUAAAAACCCUAUCCAGCCGGUUCAGUCGAAGGUAAAUCCAGUUAAUGUGGUGUCCCAGGUGGCUGGGAAUCCUGUGCAGCCGGAACAGUCGAAGGUAGAGCAAGCUAAUGAGGUCGUCCAGCUGGCUGAGAACCCUCUGCAGCCGGUACAGCCGAAGGAAGAUCCAGUCAAUGUGGUGUCCCAAGUAGCCGAGAUUCCCGUGCACCCGGUUCGAUCGACGGUAGAGCAAGCCAAUGAGGUGAUCCAGCUGGCUGUGAAUCAGUUAGUGCAGCCGGUACAGUCGACGGUAGAGCAAGCCAAUGAGGUGUCCCAGGUGGCUGAGAACCCUGCGCAACCUAAUGGGGUGUCCCAGCUGGUUGAAAGCCCUGUGCACACGGUUCGAUCGACGGCAGAGCAAGCCAAUGAGCUGAUCCAGCUGGCUGAGAAUCCUGCGCAGCCGAUACGAUCGACGGUAGAGCAAGCUUAUGACGUCUCCCAAGUAGCCGUGAUUCCCGUGCAACCAGUACGGUCGACAGUGGAGCAAGCUAAUGAGGUUUCUCAGCUAGUUAAGAAUCCUGCGCAAGCUAAUGUGGUUUCCCAGCUGGCUGAGAAUACUGCGCAUCUGGUACAGUCAAAGGUAGAGCAAUCCAAUGUAGUCUCCAAAGUUUCUGAUUUUCCUGUGAAGACGGUUCGAUCGACGGCAGAGCAAGCUAACGAGGUGUCCCAGGUGGCUGAGAAUCCUGCGCUAGCUAAUGUGGUGUCCCAGGUGGCUGAAAACCAUGUGCAGCCGGAACAGUCGAAGGAAGAGCAAGUCAAUGUUGUCUCCCAGGUGGCCGGGUUUCCUGCGCAGCCGGUACGAUCGACGGUAGAGCAAGCCAAUGAGGUCUCCCAAGUGGUUGAAAACCCUGUCCAGCCGGUACAGUUGAAGGUAGAGCAAGUCAAUGUUGUCUCUCAGGUGGCUAACAAUCCUGCGCAGCCCGAACAGUCGGAGGUUUCCAAUGUAGCUAAUGUGGUAGCCCAAGAUGUCCCGCAGAUAGUGCAGCAGCAGAAGCAGGAGGAGCCUAAGCUGUCCCAUGUGGUGGCCAAAGAAGUCAAGGCUCAGCAGUCCCAAGCGUCAAAUGUGUUGCCUAAGACAGCAGCUGUUCCAGUGCCACAAGAAAUCCCUGAGAUCGUGCAGUCCCAGGCGCCAAAAGUGAUGGUCGAAGAAAAACCAGUUGCUGACAAGGAAUUCAAGACAGUGCAGAAGCAAGCCACCAAUGAGAUCGCUAAGAAUGAGAUCACGGAGCAAGUCGUAGACAAAGUGGAGGGCACUGGCAAUCAGGCUGUGAAUAAGGUGCAGGCUGAAGGACGCAACAAAUUUGAACUGGAAGGUGGAGAGUAUUAUCCGGACGAGUUUUUCAUUGUCGAUACGGAUGCAGUGACUGCCAACAAUACGCACACAACCGCAAAGCCGCCGAACAACACCCACAUUCACAACCAUUCGCACGAUCAUCAUUAUAUACAAUACAAGCCGGCGCUGUUUCCGCUGCCGCCACCAUUCUUCGGAGGUUUCGUGCCACAGGGUUCAGGCUCAGGUUCUUACCAUACCGACAACAAAUAUGGCAGUUGGCCCAGUUACAACAACAGCAACGUGGUCAACCCAGUGCCCCCUUAUGGCGGUGGAAACGUUCAUCAUUCGUAUGGUAAGCCCGGCUUCAUUUCUCUACCUCUGCUGCCUAUUCCCUUCUGGAAACCCCAUGGCGGUGGUCAAGUCGUCAAUUACACAGACACACAACAGACGGAACAGCUUUACAACAAAAAGCCCUACUAUAACAAUGGUGGUACGUACUACGAUCCCCCGGAGUUCUAUAUACACGAGCGCCGCGCGCCCGAGGGUCAGGAUCAACAACAAGGAGCACCCAAUCAGCAGGCUCUUCAGCUAAUCGGCCACAUCUUCAUCUACAAAACACCCGAGACUGCACCAACCCAGCCUAACCCAAAGCCAGCCGUACCCGUAGCAAGUGAUGAUAAGAAGUCUGAAGCAAGUAAUGAUAAUACGACCAAGUCUGAAGGCUCUCCCAUCAAAAUCCAUGAACAAGUCGGCAACUCUCAGCUGCUGCUUCAGCCUGUUCUUUAUGCUCCGACCAACAAUAAGGAAGAGGGCGGCUUCAGUCCCAACCAGAUCAAUGAGAUCUACCGGAGUCUUCACCAGGUGCAUCCCUCGAACCAGCAGCGCUCUAAGUCACCGGAGGCCAAUGAUGAUAACGCUGUGCUCUUUGCCGUCGAGAUACCCAAGCCAAUCUAUCGCUUCUUCAAGUCCAUCGCUGGCGUCUUCACCUACUAAAUAUGCUCUCAAUGACCCAAACGGAAACAAGAACAACAAUCAUCAACAA